AUGUGUCGCAACAGCGUCGCUGCUGUGCUGUGCGACACAGCAGCGUCGGCGUUUCGGGUGGGUGGCAGAUCUGUGUGUAGGUGGCGGAUCUAUGUGUAUGGAACUAAGUCCCUCGUCUCCAGUAAACGUCGAGAAAUCAGACGAGAGAAGGCUAUGGCAAGUCGUGAUGAAUCAAGUGUGCCCAGAAAGCAAUCAAGUGACGUUGCGGAUGAGAUAUCAACUUUCAAUGCUGAAAAUAUGCAAAACAAUGCAAAAAUUAUAUACUACAGCCGCACAUUUAUGUCUAUUAUUGGAGGAGUCAUUGCCGGAAUUUUGGGAUUCACUGGCUUGACUGGAUUUAUCGUCUAUUUCCUUGUCAUGGCAAUUACUUCAGUAGGAAUUGCUGCCAAGGCUGGGUUUUCUGUUCUUCCUUAUUUUAAUAGCUGGAACCAGAUUCUAAUUGAUGGCUUUCUAGGCGGGCUUCUGUCGUUCGUGCUCUUUUGGACAUUUGCUUACGACUUCGUGCAUAUUUUCUAA